ACGGAAGUGCCUGGUACACUUCAGAAUACUCAGUACAGAAACACCAUUGAGUAUUCUUGUUCCUUCUGCUUUGAACUCUAUGGAUUUCGUGUUUUUUCAGCUCUUAGUCCAUCGCUCUGAAACUUGACAUGAUGCUGUUUUCAUAUUCGCCGUAUUUGUGAGUUCAAAUUUCAGUGGCAAUUGACGUGAGGUCACCUUUAGUGAGACUAUUUUAACUGGCAGCCGACUAACAUACGAUUCAUGACCAUGUUUUCUACACAAGUGAAAGUGCUACACAGGCUGCUGCAGUUUAGACACACGUUUUGGUGCGCUCCUUCAUUUGGAAAAGCGCUAUCGUCCAGACUUGUUUUGGGCAUCGAGACGAGCUGUGAUGACACUGGAGCUGCUGUUCUGGAUGAGACAGGUGAAAUCCUGGGAGAAUCUCUACAUUCACAGAAGGAUGUUCACCUCAGGACUGGUGGCAUCAUUCCCACAGUGGCACAACAGCUUCACAGAGAAAACAUAGAGCGUGUGGUCCAGGAGGCUUUGGACAGGAGCAACGUGGACCCAAGCCAUCUCUCAGCUGUGGCCACCACUGUGAAGCCGGGCUUGGCCCUGAGCUUGGGCAUUGGCCUUGAGUUCAGUCAGAGGUUUGUGAGGCAGCACAACAAGCCCUUCAUCCCCAUCCACCACAUGGAAGCCCAUGCCCUGACCGUCAGGAUGCUCCAGCCUGUUGCCUUCCCCUUCCUGGUCCUGCUCGUCUCUGGUGGCCACUCGCUUCUCUCUGUAGCUCGAGGAGUUGACGACUUUCUGCUCUUGGGUCACUCUCUGGAUGAAGCUCCAGGGGAUACGCUGGAUAAAGUGGCCAGACGUUUGUCCCUCAUAAAACACCCACUGUGCGCCACACUGAGUGGAGGACAAGCUAUAGAGCUCCUGGCAAAGGAAGGCGACCGGACGAGGUUCCCUUUCAGGACACCUAUGGGACAAACACAGGACUGCUGCUUCUCUUUCAGUGGGCUGCGAAAUCAAGUUACAAUGACGAUAAUGAAACAGGAGGCAGAGGAAGGUGUAGAACAGGGCACCUUGUUGUCAUGCGUGGAUGACAUCGCGGCGGCGACGCAGCACACCGUAGCGUCUCAUCUGGCAAAGCGCACACAUCGUGCCAUCCUGUUCUGUAAGGCAAACGGCCUGCUGCCUUCAAACAGUCCCACCUUGGUGGUGUCUGGAGGAGUUGCAAGCAAUCAGUAUAUUCGUAAGGCUUUGGCCAUCAUCACUGAGCUGACAGGACUACGCCUGCUUUGUCCUCCAGCCAAAUUCUGCACUGACAACGGAGUGAUGAUUGCAUGGAACGGUGUUGAACGGCUGAGAGAAGGGAAAGGGAUUCUGCCUCCGAACGUGGACGUCCACUAUGAGCCAAAGGCACCGCUGGGAGUUGACAUGACAGCACAGGUGAGGGCAGCAGCCAUCAGGUUACCAUCAGUCAGGAUGAAGAUCCUCAACUGACCGACUGUUGGUUUUGUUCUGAAAAAAAAGAGUUUUGUCACUCCUGGAUUUUCUCAGAUCAGAGUAUAUACUGUGUAUGUUUAACUACAUUAAAGCAAUAUUUAUUCAUGUGUUUUUACA